GAAGUUUUGUUUUUGUUUUUUUUUUUUGUUUUUUUCGACACAAAAUCAGCAGCAUUAAAUAUUUCGGGUAAAUAAAGGCUGUGAUUUUUUUCGAUGAAACAAGGACAUGACUAGGAUCUCCAUCAUGAAUGUGGCACUGCAGGAGAUUGACCCAGCGACUCCUAGAGCUCUGUUGCUGGCAUGUGUGACUCUGUUGUUCUCCCUCCACCUGUGGCGGUGGCUCCGGCAGCGGUCGCUCCCCGGCCCGCCCGGUCCUCUCGCCUGGCCGGUCAUAGGGAACGCUGCGCAACUGGGCAAGGCGCCGCACUUGUAUUUUGCGCGCAUGGCGAAGAAAUACGGCAACGUCUUCCAGAUCAGACUGGGCUGCCGGGCCGUGGUGGUGCUGAACGGGGACUCCAUCAAACAGGCUUUGAUAAAGCAGGGACCGGAUUUUGCCGGCAGACCGGACUUCACCUCCUUCCAGUACGUCUCCAACGGGGACAGCCUCGCGUUUGGCACCAUCACGGACUGGUGGAAGCUGCACCGCAAAGUGGCCCAGUCCACGGUAAGGAUGUUCUCCACCGGGAACCCGCACACCAAAAAGACAUUCGAGCAUCACGUCCUGAGCGAGAUCAAGGAGCUGCUGCAGCUGUUUGUGGGGAAAACCAAGGAGCACCGGUAUUUCCCGCCCAUGACGUAUCUCGUGGUGUCCACGGCGAACAUCAUGAGCGCGGUGUGCUUUGGGAAGAGGUACUCCUAUGAGGACGAGGAGUUUAGGCAGGUGGUGGGCAGGAACGACCAGUUCACCGAGACAGUGGGGGCAGGGAGCAUCGUGGACGUGAUGCCCUGGCUCCAGUACUUCCCCAACCCCAUCAAAACCAUAUUUGACAACUUCAAGAAGCUCAACCUGGAGUUUGGCAUUUUCAUCCGAGAUAAGGUCGUUCAGCACAGAAAAACAAUCCAGUCCAGCACCAUCAGGGACAUGACAGACGCCUUUAUAGUGGCGCUGGACCAGCUAAGAGACAAAACAGGACUCCCACCAGGGAAGGACUACGUGCCCCCCACUGUUGGGGAUAUAUUUGGAGCAAGUCAAGACACACUGUCAACUGCAGUGCAGUGGAUCAUCCUCAUACUUGUCAAGUAUCCUGAGAUGCAGGUACGUCUCCAGCAGGAGGUGGACAAGGUGGUGGACCGCAGCCGCCUCCCCUCCAUGGAGGACCAGCCGCAGCUCCCUUACUUCAUGGCCUUCAUCUACGAGGUGAUGCGCUUCACCAGCUUCGUCCCUCUCACCAUCCCCCACUCCACCACCGCGGACACCUCCAUCAUGGGCUACACCAUACCAAAGAACACGGUCGUCUUCAUCAGCCAGUGGUCCAUCAACCACGACCCGGCCAUAUGGUCCCACCCGGAGACCUUUGACCCCCAGCGCUUCCUGGAGGAGGACGGAGCGCUGAACAAGGACCUGACCAGCAGCGUGCUCAUCUUCUCCCUGGGAAAGCGGCGCUGCAUCGGCGAGGAGCUGUCCAAGCUGCAGCUGUUCCUUUUCACCGCCGUCAUCGCCCACCAGUGCCACAUAACCGCAGAACCGGCCAGGCCGCCCACACUAGACUACAACUACGGUCUGACUUUAAAACCUCACCCCUUCUCCAUAGCGGUGUCUCUGCGUGAACAUCCGAGGCUGCUGGAUGGAGCUACCAGGCAGGACAUUGGUGAGGGGGUGAAGGGUGAGAACUCCUCAGACUGAAUACAAUAAAAGCUACAAUAACAACAACAACAACUAAAAAGACAGAAAAAAUGAAGGCUGAAACACAAAAGACUUAUGAACCAUAGCUCAUGUUUGUGGGCUGAAAACUAUAUUUAUAAGCUGCAAUCUCAGGCUGAAUUCUUACCCUUUACAUAUUGUUUUAAAUGCGUAACAUGACAGAGUCGAGAAUGACUGAUUACUGACUUAUUUCCAAGUAUUAUGGUGCCAGACGGAAACAGACAGGCGUCUGUUUCGCAGGAGACACGGCGCGGUGCUGUGCGUCUCACACACACACGACGGGCAGGUCACCUGUGAUGAAUCUCUUUGAACAUCAAACACGACCUGACAAACCACUCAGCAACUAGCAUCUUCUUUUGAUUCAUCGAGGGGGAGGACUGCAGUCAGCUGCACAUCACCAGCAAACAGCCUCAACCAGACCUCAGUACAGGCAACACUGCUGUUACAGGAGUCAUAGCCGCUGCUG